AGAGAUCAUCAAAGCUAUUCAUGGACAGCCAGGCUCCGGCGGAAGAUGCGGUGCGCACGGCCAUUGCCGUUUGCGGCUGCGGACACGACGGCCGCCUCGGCAUCGGCAGCGACACCCCUUCAACACUCCACGAAAUCGCACUCUUAGACGACUUUCUCUCUGCGCCCGCGCACGAUGGCGGCCCGUCAUCGUCUGUCCAAGCCCCCGGGGGGAUACUUCAGGUUGCCUGUGGCGCGUACCACACGCUGCUGCGCACCACAGUGGGGCUGUACGGGUGGGGGUCACAUGAGGACGGCCAAUUAGGACUCGGCCGACCCUCCAAGAAUGCGGCGGCAGCACCAGCAGCAGCAGCAGCAGCGUCGACGACGAGUAUGGUGAACGGUGGGGACAGCGCCGCAGAUGUGGAUCGUGCGGUGGUGCCUGCGUUUUUUGAGCGGCCAACUCCCAUUCCAUUGUUCCACCUUAUCAAUGGGGAGAGAAGAAACGGUACAGGCAGUGGACAUGCACCAACAGAUGCCGCGGUACAAGGUGAGAUCGUAUCUAUCUACUGCGGGGCUGACCACUCCCUCGUGCGCACCACCGUCGCCGUUUACGUGACGGGCCGCAACGACUGCGGUCAACUCGGACUGGGUCACAUGGAGGCGGUGUACACGUGGACUUUCCUGUGCAGCGUUGCGGCCCCUCUUCACGGCGCCGCCUCCUUUCGCUCCCUGCCGAGUCAUACCCGCAGUGACGGCUCGUGUGACAGAGUACUGCAAGGGACGUUGACACACAUCAGCGGCGGCACGCAUCACACACUACUCGCCUUGUCAGACGCCCUCCUCCUGCGCUCCACGACGGACGAAGCCGCGUCUGCCCCGCAGAGCCGCCUCUUCUUCUAUCCAACACUCCUGCUGGCGUGUGGACGGGGUGACUUUGGGGAGCUGGGCUACGACGGGGAUGCCUGGGCCGUCCUGCAAGCGAAGGCGCAGCGUCAAGAGCGUGCGCUGCUGGCCGAGGCCGUGGCUCAGCAGAAGCGCGGUCUGACGACCUCCACCGGGAGCAGGCCGGACAUCGAAACGGGCACCGCCGCGUACCCGUUCAAGUGGAAGGCUGCCGCAGGGGUCAAGCAGCGUCGGCCGCCGUUUAGCUCUCCGUUUCUGCAACCGGUAGAAGUGCGAGAGCUGACGGACUGCGCCACGGAGUUGCCGGCAGCGUCGGCACGCGAAAUACGUGCAGCGUUGGUGCUGGACGACUUCGCAAGUGAAGGCGACGCUCGCCUUGCGCCGUCUACAUCUGACGCCCUCCGACAGCUGCUAGACGGCAACUCUGGCUCUCCACCACGCGACACGGCAACGAAAUGGCAAAGGCACUGGGAGGUGGAGUCACUGCAGGCGAUGCACCACCACUCCGCCGUGACGCUGCGUGAAGUCAAGGCGUCUACCCCAGUGGGUGCUGCGCCUCUCCUCGUGCUUCAUUGGGGCUGUUACUACUGCGCCGAGAUCGAAGACGCUGCUGCAUCAACUCCGCGCCCGUUGUUCAGCAGCAGCAGCAGCAGCAAUGACGAUGACGAUGACAAAGCCAACUCAGCGGCAAAGCACCUUCCGUUGGGCCUCUUCGCAGGAGACGAGGUUUUGUUUCGCUACAACGUCCCUUUGGAUGGCGCGGGCACAGACGCUUCGGUGGCGUUGACGGGUGUGCAGGUGAUGGGCACUGGGAACCUGGGCCGCGGCUCCGACGAGGAUGAGGCGCGGACCUGGGUCGACGUGCCGCUCUUUCCGGUAAUCGAGCCUCACUCCACGCAGGACACGCCUUUCUGUGUCUCCUCCAUCAGCGGGCGCGCGCACUUCCUCCUAGCCGUGUCGAAGCGAACGACAACAUCCUCUUCCUCCUCGGUGGAGGCAGUGGGCAGCUGCGAUGGGGUUUCGGUUAUGGGCUUUGGUGACAACCUGCAUGGUCAGCUAGGUGCUCCUGCGGCGCGAGCGAAAGCUGAAUUGUCAGUCCAGAAUAACAGCGGUGAUGAGGAUGAUAACGCCGUCCUGACGCCGCGCUUGGUGCUGGGGGUUGGUGACACGCUGCGCACCGCCUCUGCGGUACAGAAAUCGCUGCAGCAAGCUGCCGUCUCUCGCGCGCACCGUCGCUCUGCGGAGAAGGGGAGAAGCGAAGCGGACUGUGCAGAUCGGUGGGUUGUGGAGAAGAUACGAGCUGCCGGUGCGGGCGCGCGUCACUCGGUGUUUGUCGUGGACGUCCGUCCGCUGAAGAUGAGAAGCGGCAGCCGCAACUGA